AUGCUUCAGAUGCCCGUACACCUUAUUCUCCCGCUGUAUUUUGCCGUAGUUCUUGAACCCAUGCGUAAGGGUCAUCCUGAACAACCCCAAGAUCCUCCACCGUGCAUUGAAGUCAAUGGUCAAGAAGAAUAUAUUGUCAAUCAAAUCCUCGACUCUCGUAUUGGUGCAGACAAUGCUUCCAUGACUCAUGGGAACCCUGGGAAAAUGUCAACCACACCACAGCAUAUAAAAGCUUCCGUAAACAACACCUUAAGGAUCCCACUCAUCAUUUCCCUCCAAGCAAAGCAAACCGUCAGAAUACACAUCAAGCAACAAAAGACAACAACAAAAGAUCUCAGCGUAGGUCAUCAAGGCUCAGAGGACUUCGCCCUUAGAGGGGGAGCUCCUGUCAUGAAUGACACUAUCAAAUAA